AUGGCUUUGUUUCCACCCGUGGAUUCUGUGGUGGCAUCUACUAAGCUUGUUCCCAGUUCCCAGCUAGAGCCCCAGAAGAGCAACUUUCAGCAUGAACUCACACCUGACAAAGAGGAAAGUUUAAAGGAUCUCUACGCCCGAAAGAGUCAAAGUUAUUCGCAUUCUCUUUCUGCAGAAAGCAGUCAACACAGCUCCAGGCACGAAGGCUUCUGUUCAGCUGGACUGCAGAGCAACUAUCCCACCAGCCAGACCAAGACUCUGCCAGCUAAAUCAGUAGCCAGACGGAAAGAAGGAGUGGACCGUGCAUAUCCCCUGAAACCCAUUUUUCACCACAUGGGUGUGAGUGUUCCAGUGGUCAACACGGCACAGCUUGGAAGCUCCCCAUACAUGGAGGAAGCUCCAAAUAGUAGGCCUAGCUCAAAGAGCAAAUGGAAGCCUCUGGCAGAGAGGUCUCAGCUAGGUGCAGUGUUCUCUCCUUGGACAGCAGAGCCUGAACAGUCAACCUCCCAUCUACACAGGAGAGAGCUGGCCUACAUCCUAAAGCUGGAGGCAGAGGGACAGAACCUGGAAGAGGAAAUUCGAAAGAAAGAGGCCCUCCUCAGAGAGAAGCUGAGGAGAACAAAACAGGAGCUUAGAAGGAUUCAAAGAGAGAAGGAGCUUGUCAAGGCAGAGAGAAGAGACAGGGAGAGGACCCAUGAGCAGAAGGCCACAAGGCAUCCUGAAGAGAAAACUCCCAGAGUUGCAGUCAGGCCAGUUGAUGAGGUCUUUGGUUGGGCACAGUCUGCAGAGGCCAUUGUCUCCAAGCCUGGCACUAUCCUUCGCCCCCAAGAGCUGGCUAUCUGGAAACUCAAGAAGGAGCGUUUGAUGGCCAGCAACAGCAAAAUUCGAGACCAUGUACCCAUGGAGCAUUUAGCCUCUUGUUCAGAGCUGGCCACAAAACGUAUCCCUUCUCCCUCUGCCCUCUCAAACCGAGAUUCUGGUGAUCACCUGUCAGUGGAGGUGCUGAGCAUGCAGGCUACCAGCCCUGUGGAGCAGGAGGAGCUCAGGCAGUGCAGCUUCUGUGGGCGUAAAUUUCUCUGCAUGAGGCUUGAGAAGCACAUGAGUAUCUGCGGCAAGCGCCAAGGCUCCAAGAGGAAAGUGUUUGACUCCAGAAAGGCCAGAGUUAGGGGCACAGAACUGGAACAGCAUCAGCAGCUGAAGAGCUCAGAGACGCCUCAGAACAAGCCACCCAGAAGGAACAACUGGAGACAGAUGCACGAGGUUUUCAUCCAGACGCUGCACCAGGCCCGCCAGGCGCAGCAAGUCCUCUCCAAGGGAGGGAAGGUGUCUGACCUGCCUGCAUUGCCUCCCAUCAAAAACCCAGACUACAUUGCCUGCCCCUACUGCAGACGCCAAUUUGCUCCCCACGCAGCGGACAGACAUAUUUCCAAAUGCAAAACCAUCAAGAACAGGCCCCCACCCCCACUGCAGAAGAGACGCUGCUGA